AGAAGACGCCACAGUUUUGUAAGGCAGCUCUUCUGUUGACAACACCAGGGAGACAUCGGUUGAUUCGUUGUCAUGGAGCGAUGCUUUAGUGUCAGCAGGGAUGGUUCAGCCCCUUCUCCUCCAUCGUCACCUCCCCCUCCACCUCCUCCUUACAGCCUCCCUUCUCCUCGUCAACCCCCUCCCGUUCCUCCCUCCUCUCCCCUGUCAGCCGUGACUGCUCCUCCCCGACGGGAAAGGCUGAGUAUUUCAGGAGCCAUGGUGGACGUCAGUAAGUGGCCCCUGUUUUCUCUGCUGAGCGCUGAGGAACUGGCCUCAGUGCGACAGGCCUGUGUGUUUGGGACCUCUGCUAAUGAAGCCAUUUACAUCACACAUGCUAAUGAGGUGUUUGUGUUUGGGUUGAACAGCAGUAGCUGCCUGGGUACAGGAGACAGUCUGAGCACCAUAGUGCCGAAGAAGCUGGACUUCCUGCGGGGGAAGAAGGUGGUCAGCCUGAGCUAUGGGAGUGGGCCUCAUGUCCUGCUGGCUACAGAGGACGGACAGCUGUUUGCAUGGGGCCACAACGGCUACAGUCAGCUGGGGAACGGAAACACCAACCAGGCUCUGUCUCCGCUGCUGGUCACCGCAAACCCUCAGAACAAGAAAGUGAGGGAGGUGGCGUGCGGCUCGCAUCACUCCAUGGCGCUCACUCAGGACGGAGAGGUGUUUGCAUGGGGUUAUAAUAACUGCGGCCAGAUUGGCUCGGGGUCCACAGCGAACCAGCCUUACCCCAGGAAAGUCACCGGCUGCUUGCAGGGGAAGAUUGCGAUCGGCAUCUCAUGUGGACAGACCUCCUCCAUGGCUCUGAUCGACAACGGAGAGGUGUACGGCUGGGGUUAUAACGGUAAUGGACAGCUGGGUAUUGGAAACAACGGAAACCAGCUGACGCCUUGCCGCCUCUCUGCACUCCAGGGGCAGUGCAUGCAACAGAUUGUGUCGGGCUACAGCCACUGCCUGGCCCUUACUGACGAGGGGAUGCUGUACGCCUGGGGAGCAAACACCUACGGUCAGCUGGGGACGGGAAACAAGAGCAACCACCUCAGCCCGGUGCAGAUCAUGGCCGACAAAGAGAGGAUUGUAGAGGUAGCAGCGUGCCAUUCAACACACACCUCUGCAGCCAAGACCCAAAGCGGACUGGUGUAUAUGUGGGGUCACUGUCGGGGUCAAUCCAUCCUCAUGCCACACCUCACGCACUUCACCAACACCGACGACGUCUUCGCCUGCUUUGCCACGCCCUCCGUCAUGUGGAGGCUCAUGUCUAUGGAUCACGACGACUUCAUGACGGUCUCUGAGGCUCUGAGGAAAGAGUUCGACAGCCCAGAAACGGCCGACCUUAAAUUCAGCGUUGACGGAAAGUGUAUUCACGUUCACAAAGCUGUGCUGAAGAUCAGGUGUGAGCACUUCCGGUCCAUGUUCCGCUCCCAGUGGACGGAGGACCAGCAGGACGUGAUCGAGAUCGGCCAGUUCUCCUACCCCGUCUACAGAUCCUUCCUGCAGUUCCUCUACACCGACACUGUUGACCUCCCACCUGAGGACGCCAUUGGCCUGUUGGACCUGGCCACGUCUUACUGUGAAAACCGGCUGAAGCGCCUGUGUCAGCAGAUCAUCAAGAGAGGGAUCACCGUGGACAACGCCUUCACUCUGCUGUCCGCCGCCAUCCGAUACGAUGCAGAGGACCUGGAAGUGUUUUGUUUCCGGUUCUGUGUAAACCACCUGACUCAGGUGACUCAGACUGGAGCUUUCUGGCAGGUGGACGGAGCGAUGCUCAAAGAGUUCAUCAGCAAAGCGAGCCGCUGCGGAGCCUUCAAGAACUGAGUGGAGCUCUUUAGGAUGUCUAAGACUAUAUCCUGACCGACUGGAUGUGCUCUGGAUGUAGUAUCAACUCCAAAGCAUCAGGUCUGAUCACAUUCCUGAGGGCACACAUGCAGCCUCGAUCAUGAGAAGGACUGGAAUUUAAGCUUCAUUAUCGACGGAUCUGAAGUCAGCACUUUGGAUAAUUCCUCGGGAGUCACUCGGCAAAGUCAUGGCGCCUUUUCCUCUCCCACUGCGUUGCGUUCUUUACAUGCUGUAUGUUUACUUGAAUAUAUGUUUUCUCUGCCAGUGCUUCCUGUGCUUAAGUUGAUAUUAUAGACCAAAAGCCUGGAAGGAAGAGGAAGCAGUUGUCUCUGGAAGGGAAGCUUUGAUGACUGACAGGAGAUCCACUGUUGGUAAAUAGUGUGCAUUUCUGUCAUUUCCUGUGUACAGUCUUAGGCAAAAGUCCUUGGGUGAGUCCCGUUACACGAGCCAGGUCGUACUAUGGGUUGAAAUGGGUCAGUUAUUCUGCACAGUUCAAAACCGCUGUGCGAUGUAUAAUAAUGUACUUUUUAUACUCUUUUCUUUUGUAUUAAGACUUCAGUUUUUCCCUACGGCACCUGUAAGAAACGGUUGCUUCCUCUUCUACAUAUGUAGUGGAACAGUAACGGUUCAAACACUAUGUAAGGGGGAAGUUAAGUGAAAGAACGUUGCAUUAGAAGCGUUUAGGGCGCUGUUACAUCAAUAGCCGAUUGUUUCUUCCUUUCAAAAUGUAAAAUGUGUUGCAGUAUGCAUAAUAUUCCUCUCUACACUCGGACUGUCAACAAAGCAACAGUGUUUUUAUUUGUUUGUGCUUGCUAAUAUUAAUCGGGCAUAUGCAAACUCAGUUAGACCAAAAUGAUUCCCUAAUGAUUCCUCUGCAUGUACAAUGCACAAAACACUGCUAGCUAAGGCAACCUGAGUAAUGCUUUGUAGGGAUAAGUGAGAUGUUUGUUUGUAUUCUGUUUACUUUGGCAUCACUAGGUGUGGAAGGAAGAUAAAACCAUUGGAGAUCAGUUUCUGUUUCUUCUGGAGGAUUCAUUUCUUCAUGCACUCGGGUGAUUCAUAGAACCACUCCUUCCAGUAAAAAAUAAAUGACAUUGAGGUUAGUACGUGCUUUAGUGAAGCGAUGAGCAGGUUUUCAGUUUUGUUUGACAUGAAUCUGGAAGAAAAAGAUUGUUUUGCUUUCUGUAUUAAGAUAAAACAUAUAUUUUUUAUUGUGCUUUGUUAAGCAUUUCUUUACAAUCAUUUUUGUUCUGUUACAUAACUGACAUGUUUCUCUUAUAUUAAGCUAUGGAAUUACAUGUUACAGUGAAGAAAUAAAUAACUUGUUUCCAUAUAAUGCUUAUUUGGCUCCUGUUUUGUAUAAAUGAUAUCAUAAUUCUCAUCAUUUGAGGGAUUUAAUGUUUGUUUCAAACUAAAUUAAUCUUCAUUGUGUAAUAAAAGCAGCUGUUUAUUACAUAUAUAUGAAAGUAUGGUAGUGUGCUGCCAACUGGUAGAAUACAUUUCUAUUUAAUAAAAAUGAAACCACUA